CUCUGAAGAAAAAAAAAUGAUUAUAUAUAUGUCUAUAGGACUGUACUUGGACCGUUAAGUAUAGGAGCAGAGAAGCUACCACUGUGUUCAAUUGUGAUCUUUCCAAACAAAAUCUAGGGUUUUCAACCAUUGAAAAUUGGUUCCAAAUGUUCUCUUUCCCUAAUAAUUUCCCUUCAUCUUCUUCUUCUUCUUACCCUAAUAAUAAUAAUAAUACCCUUUCUUUUCUUAUAGACAACAACCCUCAAAAUAAUGAUUUUCCUUCUCUUCUUGAUGAUCCACUUUCUUCUCUUCCUUUCACUACUUCAACACAUCAUCAUCAUGAUGUUGUUCCUUUGUUCCAUGAUCAUGAAACAACUAUUGCUUCUAACUUGGCUGUUUCUGAUUAUCACAACAAUAACGGUUCGAUGUUUGAACCUCCCGAUUCUUCGAACUUUGGAGGGUUUUCUAAUUUUCUUGUGACGCAGAAACAACCGGUGAUUGUUGGGAAGAAAGAUAGGCACAGUAAGAUUCAUACAUCUCAGGGUUUGAGAGAUAGAAGGGUGAGAUUGUCAAGUGAAAUUGCUAGGAAGUUCUUUGAUCUUCAAGAUAUGUUGGAAUUUGACAAACCAAGUAACACUCUUGAGUGGCUUUUCAAUAAAUCGGACACCGCAAUCAAAGAGCUAGCUCGAACUAAAAACGCGUGUUACAACAACAACGACAGCAACAACAACAACAAUAGCGCGUUUUUUGAUUCGAAUAGCAACAAAUCGUUCUCCGGCGGUGGUGGUGGUGGUGACGGUGGUUGUACAAAAGGGAGAAAAUUGAAAUGGACUCAAAAAGAAGAAACAAAGAAAGAGUUAAGAGAGCGAGCACGAGCCCGAGCAAGAGAAAGAACCUGUUACAAGAUGUGCAGCAGCGGAAGAAUGCAAGAAGAAAUUCGCUACUCUUCUGCAGCAGAUUCAACUGCAAAUGCUCAAAUGCUGCAACAAUUGAUGUCGUCAACAUCAUCGCCGGUCGAUAGUACUACUGAAACGGAGGCUUACGCGAGAUGGCGUCAUCUUCUUCAGCUUCAAACCUAUAACAAUCCUACCUACAGUCAAAAUCAUCAUAACCUAGUGGAUAGUGAAAUACCUAGAGAUCAUGGUGGAUUCAAUUUGAUUGAAGAAUCUAUCAUGAUAAAAAGGAACAUGAUGUCGUCGUCUUCGUCUUCUUCGUCUCAUUAUCACCAUCAUCAACAAAACCUAAUUCCUAAUAUCCCUAAGGAAUUACCGAGUUUCAACAACAAUAUUAAUGAUUAUAACUCUUUAUUCCCUUAUUCAACUUCAAAUUGGGAGAAUAAUAAUGGAGGAUGCUCCAACUUUUGUGGAAUAGCCACCAUGAAUCUAUCAACAUGCUUCAUGAAUCAGUGAGGUUGAAAAGUAUGGAAAAUCUUGGGAGGAGUGAAAGAAUCAGAAGCAACACAAAUUUGCUUGUUUUCGGUAAUAUCUGAUCAGAAUGAAACCUCUCAAGUGAUUUGCCUUGUAAUCAUCAUCGCAUCUUCUUUCAGUGACAACUACUUUAAUUUUUAUUUUUAUUUUUAUUUUUAUUUUUGUGCCCUAUAUUUUCAUUUUACAAUGUUUUUUUUUUUGUAUUGAUUCUUGAAGAUAACCAGCCAAUGGCAUAUGAAAGUUUUCAUAAAGGUUUUCUGUGUUCUGUCCUCAGCCUGUAUUAUUAUUGAUUUUAUUAUUAAAGUUUGAUUAAUUAAUUUAAAGUUCUGGAGCCACUCAUAUGCAGCUUUUAAUUAGUAUUUUAUUAUUUUCUUAAUUUAAAUUUUUUUUAACCUGUUACUCUAAUUUAAUAGUGAACUCAGUGAUGUAGGAGCAAGAAGAAGUCAAGGUUCUGGAGAAAAUUCUAAUUUUUUUUUCAGAUAGUGUUUGCAGUAUGGAAGGUUUCUCAGCAUCAAGUUAAAAGGUUACUCUUGUAGUUUCUCAUAAGCAAAUUGAUCUAAGAAAAAAUAAUUUUUUAUAAGAAAAAAUUAUUUUGAAUAUCUUAAUUCUC